AUUAACAUUUGCAUAUAACGUUUUUGACGUUCUCCUUCUCCCUUACUAUUGUCAUUCAUGAUUUUUUGGCAUGGCUGUUUUCAUUGUUUAUAAAAUAUUGGGCUGAUGUCAAGAUAGAUUUGAGAGUCAAAAUCACUUAUUGUGCCAUUUUGCUUGUGGAGCUAGCAUAUUAUUGCUCUUUUACUUUACAUAAAUACAAAUAAGAGAUUAGUCCCUUGAUAUUCCAGCAAAAGACGUUCUCAAAUUUUUCCCCAGUCUUUUUAAUAGAUGUAUGCGUUGUGAAAUGGAAUUGUUGCUUAUUUGAUAUGUCUGAGUCUGUUAUUGAAAAUUCAUAUAAAAUACAUUUUGUCUGAUAAAUAUUUGCUGCUAUAGAAAUAGCAGAACAUUUUCUAGGUUAAGACAUUUAAGCAAGAAAGUGAGGAUCCUUAUUAGGUCUACAGCAUGAAUUCUUUGAUUUAUAAAUUGAGCGAAACCGGAUAUUUUGAACUUGAGCCAGAUUUUUUUUUUUAUCCUUACCUUAGCCUUACUGUUGUUUAUUAUUAUUAUUUUAAUGUAUUAUUAUACAUUUAAUAUGUUCUGCUUCUAUCUCUAUUCCGGAAAUAUUUAUUUCAGAGGUUCCGACUGUCUUCGGGAUGAAAGAAGACAAUACGUGUUUAUUUGUUAUUUCAGCCAAAGCGGUUCGGCUUAUGUGACAUUCUAAACAAACCUCAUGGUGUCAUUGUUGUACAGGGAAAAGCAUCUAUUCACCCUGCCCCCAUAUCUAGCUUGCAAUAGACAUUUUGUUCAACCCAAAGGGAGGAUUAUUUUUUGUUUGAAGACGGCCAAAGACAGAACUGCGUAACGUUGGAUAUUUGUAACCUUUUCGCGCGUCACCUUUGUUUGUUCGUUUAAGAAGAAUAUUUAUGUAUAAUCUGAUCAGGUAGCUGCAUUUACUUCUGGAUUUCUCUGUCGUUCGCAAUGGAAGCUGGAGGACAAGGGCGCAAAGGGGAGUCCUGGAGGACGGUUCUCUGUUUUCUGCUGUGCUUUUGGCAGCAGCUUUCAGCUCAGAUAAGAUACUCUGUUCCAGAGGAGGUAAAAGAGGGAUCCCUUGUAGGAAAUAUCGCCAAGGAUUUGGGACUUGAUGUCAAUACUUUGAUGGACAGACGGUUCCGUAUUGUUUCUGGAUCAGAUGAAGCGCUUUUCAUGGUAAAUCAAAACAAUGGCGUUUUAUAUGUUCAAAGAAAAAUCGACAGAGAGGCGCUAUGUGAAAGUAUUGGAGCAUGCUUGAUUAACCUAAAAAUAGUGGCGGAAAAUCCACUUGAGCUUCAUUAUAUUGUCGUUGAGAUAACUGAUGUAAAUGACCACUCCCCUACAUUUACAGAAAAAGAAAAGCGAUUAGAAAUAUCCGAAAACACUCUGCAAGGAACGCGUUUUCAGCUGCAAGUCGCGCGUGACCCUGAUAUUGGAUCGAAUUCUGUGCGCUUGUAUAAAUUGAGUCAAAACGAGCAUUUUGAUUUAGAAAUAAGGGACAGGGCAGAAGAUAAGCUGCCUUUUCUGGUUUUACAAAAGCCCCUUGACCGUGAGCACAAAGCUGAACACAAUUUAACAUUAACAGCAAUAGAUGGCGGCAAUCCGCAAAGAUCAGGAACAUUAAACAUAACAGUAUUUGUUCUUGACGUAAAUGACAACCGUCCUUUUUUUAGUCAGGAUGUUUAUUCUUCAACUCUGCACGAAAAUGUGCAAAUUGGAACUUUGGUAAUAAAAGUUAUGGCAAGUGAUUCUGAUUACGGUCCAAAUGGUGAAGUGUCAUACACUUUCGGAGGGGACAACAACGAAAACAUAUUUCAUAUAUUUGGCCUGAAUAGAUUAACUGGGGAAAUCCGUGUUAUAGGAGAGGUAGACUUUGAAAAGAACAGUGUUUAUAAGCUGGACAUACAGGCAAUUGACAACGGACAGCCACCUUUGAACACUGACUGUAGAGUAAUUAUAAAGAUACUUGAUUUAAAUGAUAAUGAGCCGAUCAUUGAUGUGACGUCACUAUCGAAUGUUGUGCCUGAAGACUCCAAGCCUGGUACUGUAAUCUCACUCAUUAGUGUUACUGACAGAGACAAUGGUGUUAAUGGGAAAGUUGUGUGUUCUCUCUCAGAAAACGUUCCAUUUGAAUUAAAACAAUCAGUUCAGGAAAACAUUUACUCCUUAGUGACUAAAGGGAACCUGGACCGUGAAACUGUAUCACAUUAUGAUAUCACAAUAACAGCGAGAGACUUGGGUCAGCCUCCACUGUCCUCAUAUAAAACUCUGAGCGUGCAAGUAUCAGAUGUUAAUGAUAACCCGCCCGAAUUCAGCCUAAAUCCCAUCGAAUUAUAUAUGAUUGAAAACAACGCUGCAGGCGCGCCCAUUCUCACGCUGAGUGCUUUUGAUAAAGACCUAAAUGAAAACUCUGUGAUUUCAUAUCAGAUCAUUAAAGGGAAUGGGACACAAAGUGACAUGACAUCUUUUCUGAAUAUUAAUUCUGAAACAGGCUUAAUUAGUGCUCUCAAAAGUUUUGACUUUGAAACAGUCAAAAAGUUUCACUUCCACAUACUCGCUACAGACUCUGGAACUCCGUCUCAGAGCAGUAACGUGACAGUGAACGUGUUUAUUCUGGAUCAGAACGACAACGUUCCAGUGAUCUUAUAUCCAGUCAGCGCUAACGGUUCUGCUGAGGGUGUGGAAGAGAUUCCCCGUAAUGUUAACGCAGGUAAUUUGGUGACUAAAGUCAGAGCCUAUGACGCAGAUAUAGGAUACAACGGCUGGUUAUUAUUUUCACUACAGGAAGUUAGUGACCACAGUCUCUUUGGUUUGGACCGCUACACAGGACAGAUAAGGACCCUUCGCUCAUUCACAGAAACAGACGAGGCCCAGCAUAAACUGACCAUACUGGUCAAAGACAAUGGGAACGUUUCUCUCUCAGCAACAGCGACUGUGAUUGUCAAAGUUGUGGAGCCCAAAGAGGCUUUUGCAGCUUCUGAUGUGAAAAACGCAGUAAAAGACGAGGAAGAAAACAACGUGACAUUUUAUUUGAUCAUCACUUUGGGCUCGGUUUCAGUGCUUUUUGUCAUCAGCAUCAUUGUGCUGAUUGUAAUGCAGUGCUCUAAAUCGACAGACUAUUCAUCCAAGUAUUUACAGGAUACAAAUUACGACGGGACUCUGUGUCACAGCAUCCAGUACAGGUCUGGAGACAAACGGUACAUGUUAGUUGGACCCAGAAUGAGUAUCGGCUCUACUAUAGUCCCGGGCAGUAAUGGAAAUACUCUAGUGAUCCCAGAUCGCAGGAUUCGUCAAGACUCAUAUUCCGUAGAAGUAAAAGAAAAUGCUGCACUCGGAACGGUGUUGAUAAAACUUAAUGCAACUGAUUUGGAUGAGGGUUCAAAUGGUGUUGUAGAAUAUGCCUUUGGAAGAAACCUGAAGCGCAAAGUUUACGAUCUCUUUAAACUGGAUAGUGCCACAGGAGAAAUUCAUAUUAAAGGUGAACUGGACUUUGAGGAAACGGAGGUGUACAAAUUAGACGUACUGGCAUCUGAUAAAGGCCAGCCUCCGUGGAUCGUUGAAUCUGUCGUUACUAUUAAGAUAAUAGACAUCAAUGACAACGCCCCUGAAAUAGACGUAACUUCUCUUUCCAGUGUUGUUUCUGAAGAUUCUAAACCUGGUACUCUGAAACCAUCAGUUCAAGAGAAUAUUUAUUCCCUUGUAACGAAGGGGAAAUUAGAUCGAGAACUCGUGUCCCAUUAUGACAUAACAAUAACAGUCACUGAUUUAGGACAGCCUCCUUUAUCAUCCUUUAAGACUCUGAGCGUUCAGAACGACAACGUUCCAGUGAUCUUAUAUCCAGUCAGCGCUAACGGUUCUGCUGAGGGUGUGGAAGAGAUUCCCCGUAAUGUGAACGCAGGUCAUUUGGUGACUAAAGUCAGAGCCUAUGACGCAGAUAUAGGAUACAACGGCUGGUUAUUAUUUUCACUGCAAGAAGUUAGUGACCACAGUCUCUUUGGUUUGGACCGCUACACAGGACAGAUAAGAACCCUUCGCUCAUUCACAGAAACAGACGAGGCCCUGCAUAAACUGAUCAUACUGGUCAAAGACAAUGGGAACAUUUCACUCUCAGCAACAGCGACUGUGAUUGUCAAAGUUGUGGAGCCCAAAGAGGCUUUUGCAGCUUCUGAUUGCUUUUUGUCAUCAGCAUCGUCGUGUUGA